AUGCUAUGUCUCUUUUUCUCUGCUUACAUUAUGACAGGAUACAGGGAUGAUAUUAAGCACACUCUUCCCUCUUCUAUGCUAUGUCUCUUUUUCUCUGUUUACAUUAUGACAGGAUACAGGGAUGAUAUUAAGCACACUCUUCCCUCUUCUAUGCUAUGUCUCUUUUUCUCUGCUUACAUUAUGACAGGAUACAGGGAUGAUAUUAACACACUCUUCCCUCUUCUAUGCUAUGAUACAGGGAUGAUAUUACUCUUCCCUCUUUUCUCUUUCUCUGCUUACAUUAUGACAGGAUACAGGGAUGAUAUUAAGCACACUCUUCCCUCUUCUAUGCUAUGUCUCUUUUUCUCUGCUUACAUUAUGACAGGAUACAGGGAUGAUGUGGCACACUCUUCCCUCUUCUAUGCUAUGUCUCUUUUCUCUGCUUACAUUAUGACAGGAUACAGGGAUGAUAUUAAGCACACUCUUCCCUCUUCUAUGCUAUGUCUCUUUUCUCUGCUUACAUUAUGA